CUCUCCUUUCCGCGCCUGCAGAGCCGAGCGGAGCUGCAGGGGUCCGGCUGGGGGCGCGCGGCGCGGGCAGGGGCCUUGCCCGCGGGUGGCAAUGGUGGUGUUCGCGGUGCCUGCAGAAGUCGCUGUGAUCCUGCUGGAUAUCGAAGGCACCACGACGCCUAUUACCUAUGUCAAGGACACACUAUUUCCAUACGUUAAAGAUAAUGUUAAAGAGUACCUGCGUGCGCACUGGGAAGAGGAGGAGUGCCAGCAGGACAUCAGCCUUUUGAGGAAACAGGCUGAAGAGGAUUCCAACUUGGAUGGCGUUGUGCCUAUUCCUUUAGAAACUGGAAAUGGAGAAGAUGAAGUGGAACAGGUCAUCCAGGCUGUAGUAGAUAAUGUGCACUGGCAGAUGUCCCUGGACAGAAAGACCACAGCAUUGAAACAGCUGCAGGGUCACAUAUGGAGGGCAGCCUAUGCAACUGGACACAUGAAGGGAGAAUUCUUCCAGGACGUGGUUCCAGCCAUUAGGAAGUGGAGGGAAGCAGGAAUGAAAGUGUAUAUCUAUUCUUCAGGGAGCGUGGAGGCCCAGAAGCUUCUGUUUGGAUACUCGACAGAAGGUGAUAUUCUAGAGCUCUUUGAUGGUCACUUCGAUACCAAAAUAGGUCACAAAGUAGAGAGUGAGAGUUACAGGAGGAUUGCAUCCAGCAUCGGGUGUUCAACUAACAACGUUCUCUUCCUGACGGAUGUCACUCGAGAAGCAAAUGCUGCAGAAGAAGCAGACAUGCACGUGGCUGUGGUUGUGAGGCCAGGCAAUGCAGGGCUAACAGACGAUGAGAAGUCGUAUUACAGUCUGAUCACGUCUUUCAAUGAACUGUUCCUGCCUUCUUCCACUUAGGAGAACUUGUGCACCUGCACAAAAGACAAAAUUACACCCACUGGAAUGGUCCUUGUAUAAUCAUUAAUUAUAUUGGUAAUAAGAAUUUUAAAAAAGAUAUGUACAGGAUCCAUGACUGGCUGCAGAAAUUGAUUUAAGUAUUUUGGAGGAGAUUUUUAAUGCAGUGAAAUUGAGGCCUGUCAAAGUCUGUUGGAGUUGUGAGUGGUGUGAGAAGCAGCAUCCAUGAAGCCUGUGUUUUAUUAGCUUUCCUAUCAGGGAAUUUAUUACUACAGGGUGACUGUUCUGCCAGCCAACCACCAGGUAAUCUAGUUGUGAAAAUCCAUGUGACAACAUUUGUCACUUAAAAACAAAAUAUUCUGUGAACAAAGAACUUCUCUCACUCCCACAGACUUGAAAGGAAAUAUGAAUUUUCCCCUUCCAAUAAGAUCUGUAGCUCUCAUGCUGGAAGUUAAAUUAAGCAAUAUUAAUUUCGUAAGAGGUUAGGACAUGUAUGUUGGGGAUAGCCAAAGGUAAAUGUCAAAUGUGGACCAUGAAGUUUGGAUACUGCAGCUUAGAUCUGCCACAGAGACCAAGUUAAAUGUAAACCUGCUUGUGAUAUUGGGCUAUGCGCUCCAGGACCUGCUGCAUGCUAAAGCCAGAUUUCCAUUCAUUUCAGAAAUGCAGCACUCCUAGCAAUAAUUCCUGAAAUUUUCCUUAAGCAGCCAAGAAAAGGUUUCACUAACUCAUAACUCAGCCCAGCUAUAACUAGACAUUAUAAAAGACAGCUCAUGGCUUUCGCACUACCUGCUGCAUUUGACAUCAGUGAAUGAUUACAAAAAUACAAACCAUGUAACAGCACCACUUAAUCUAUGCCACUUUAUAUUAUGUGGUAAAUAAAAGUACAAUUGUCUUCUGCCUAAAAUUCCAGUAUUUGCAUUAUCCCACCAGUAGCCAGCCUCCAGCAGUGGUGGAAGGGUUUUCUUACCUGUAACCUGUUAGCUCUUUCCUUCAGUGCUGCAACACCCUUCCCCAUUGUUUCCUGCAGGCCAUGUGAGCCUUCUCUUGGGAGAGGAAUUAGUGUGUUACAAUCAAAACCUUCCUUUGCUUUCAGUUGGAGUUCCAUAUGCCGUAGGAGCAGGAGCAGGAAGUAGGCUACCUGUUGUUAACAGCAGUCAGCACAGGUGUAGCACAGUGCCUAAGGGUCUGAUUCAUCCCUACCUUUUACUUGUUAUAGGUCCCUUGCACCUGUGGGUAUUGAGCACUAUCCAAUCAGAAUGGUGAUGUCUACAGCUGUGAAGAAUGUGUGUAAAAUAGCUUAAAGUGCAAGGCACUGGAGAACAGCGUAUAGGGGAUCCUUUAACUCAAGGAACAUCAAGCAUUCCCAGUAAAAUGUACACAAACCUCAGCGUCUCUUGCUUGUGCAGAAAGGGUAGCGAUGGAUGCUACUGCCUAUUUGGGCAUGUGCUUGUCUUUGUUCCUCACUGUGCAUGUUUUAGCGGCACAGCUGGACUGCUUAAGUUUUGUCUAGCUAAUGGUCUGAAACAUGUCAAGUUUAACAACUCUAUCUACUUAAACACUGUAUGAGGAAACUACAGAAACACAGGCUUAAAGAAGCCAGAAAUUCUUACCAUCCUAGCAGCCCAUGCAAAUUCAUGAGCUGAACAGGAAGGAAGGAAUUUUUUCCAUAGCAAAUCUGUCUAACUCCCAGAUUCCACAUUGUCCGGGAUCCUUUCUGCCUGUCUGGGAUCAAAGAACAUGUCUCUACUUAGCCUAUGUGUGGAGUGCCCCCUGCAGGGGAGAAAGUGACAAUUCUGAUACCAUGAGCCAGUGGUGGGGGCAUUUGAUUCUACCAGGACAUGCCCUCUACAGGGAAGGGGAAAGGUGCCAUGUUCUGCCCUAAGGACCUGCCAUCCCAGAGAAAAACAGAAAGCAGCUACUCACUCUCUAUAGAUCCAACAGCAGGACUGGGCCUUACAAGGAAUGCCAAGAUUAAGUCAACAUUAUAAAUGCCCAAAUCCAUUUGUUGUUGCUAGUAACACAGAGAUAGUCUUUGCAAAAAAAUAAAAUGCAUCUCGACAGCACAUCCUUUUUAAACUGGGCUGGCACAUCCUUUGGGAAGUAAGUAGCUGGCCAGCAUUAAGAGGGAGACCCAGCUAAUCUGAACACAUCUGUGGCCCACUGCUUAGUUAGAGUGAUCUGAGCACACUGCAGAACUGAACCAGAUUCACAGCUGUUACUGCUAUAGCUGUAGCUGCAUGACUGACUGGGCACUGGAUUUAAGUAAAGUGGAUGUGUACCAUUGUAGAACAAUGCAAAGUGAGUAUCUGCUCACAUCUUGUUCCAUUUAUCAUAAUGAAACUGUAUAUGGGGGAAGAGAAUAAAACUCACUAUUUCCGUAAAAGAA